AUGUUGCCCUGGACCCCCCGGCGGUGGGGCGCGGGCGAGGAGCAGGCGCCCGAGGAACAAGGCCCCUCGGCGGGCAGCGACCCCGGCCAGGCCUGGGACUCCGGAGAGGAAGCCCUGCGGGAGCCAAGAACAACUCCACAGGACAGUAUUCAGACUUGGAACAGGGAGGUGAUUGUGGGAGGCUGUGACCGAAGCAUCUCAGUACCGCCCCCUCCCAGCCCUCAGCCCUGGUCCCGAAGGCCUUCCUGGACCCGGAAAGAGCAGCUGCUGCCUCGGCCGCCCCCAGGCCUGGCUGCCGAGCGGUCACCGGGAACGCCAGUUCCCCUCUCCCCCCAGAUGACCUGGGAGGUGGCCCCGUCAAGGAUGACCCUGCUGGCACCAUGGGACCCCAACUGUGAAGCUAAACCGGGACCUCGGCUGGUGUGGGGGCUCAGCUGUGAGUCAGGCACCUCCUUCUCAGGCCGGACCUUGCGCCAUCCCUCAUUCUGCCCUCUGUACGAGGCAGCCUCAGGCAGAGGCCUCAGGCCCAGUCUAGCAAGACGUCAGAGUGGAGAGCAGGCGCCCAGGGAUGCAGGGUUCCCGGUGAUGUGCUGUGAAGAUGUUUUUCUUUCUGACCAUCUGCUGCCCUGUGGGCAGCGUGUUCCCCUGUACCCGUCUCAGGCCCGACAGCAGGUGAUGGGCUCUCUGAAGCUGCUGCUCCCACCCCCAGUCAUGUCCCCCAGGGUCCUCCCUGCUCCAUCUUCUGGCUGCUCCACCGCCUGGCUCAGUGGGCCUGAGCUGAUCGCCCUCACUGGCCUCCUGCAGAUGAGCCAGGGGGAGCCAAGACCCAGCUCCCUGGGGGCUCCCAUGCCCCCUGCUGGCCCCCCAGACCCUGCCUCUGACCACCCAGGUGCCAGUGGUGGCCAGAGCUGUUCUCACUGCAUGGACCCAUCUCUCCCACGGGCCCCAGACAGCCAAGGUCCAUAG